AUGGCUCACACCCACAACCACCACCACGUACUGCAACUAGUGCUAUCCUGCCGGAAAAUAACAGCGCAGGUAACAAACACCACAAACUCAUCCAUCAUAGCGAUGGCUUCUUCUUCAGAGCAAGAAUUUCUCGCUCACUACCGAUCCGUCCUCAAUCGCUUCCCAAGAUCACACCGAUUCUGGAACGCUAAAGUCGCUUCUCGUGUUGGCGAGAAACUAGGUCUCCGUCUCAGAGAAAUCGGCGUCACCGGAGUUCAAAUUGACGUUACUGAAGAGCUAUCGCGUCCUCUACAUUAUCGCACGAUGGUUUCCCCGUUGUUUCGUUCCGUUCAACACGCCGGCGUUCACGUUUCUGCGUUGUUUCUCACACCAUUACGCCAUUGA